ACCGUCGUCAGUCGGCCGACGAGACCUCGCCGCGCCCCUCACGGCGAUGGCGGCAAGGACUGAAAACACCGCCACCCUGGACCUGCCGUGGGACGCCAUCCAGAGGCUUGGUGGCAGCGAAUCUGCUGCCGCGGCGCUGGGCCGCGUCGGCGCGGUGCCGCUGCAGCAGGGAGGCUGGUCUGUCCUCCUGUGCGUGGACCUCGAGGACGUCGCGGGCGUCUCCCACCUGGUGAUCUCAGUGGAGGGCCAGGCGCCCCCUCUACAGUGCACCAUCGAGCGCAUCAUGAGGGACUGGUUCUCGGAGGACGAAAAGAAGGACUGCAAAUGCCACAUGUCGUACUCCGACCGAAGCCCCGAGCCGAUUUGCUACUGCAUGCUGGUGCCUAGCGACGGCAAAAUCGCUAGCCUGCUGCUGGGACACACGAGGAGCCUGAAGGUGACGCUGAAGCCUCAUGGUUUGGACCGGUGGAGAAUGCAGAGUUAUUAUCCAGGCAAACUCCGAAGCACGUUGAGCGUUUCACUGGAACCGCUCCUGGAGCGAGGUGUGGUGGUGGACGUGGUGCUGAACGCGGCAGGGCAGGACUUCCCUGCGCACCGAGCGGUGCUGGCUGCCGCCAGCGAUGUCUUCCUCGCCAUGUUCACGUCUUUGAAGAAGUCUAAGGCCCGUGUGACCAUUGGCAACGUCCGCAGCCCAGCCGUCUUCAGGAAGUUCCUGGACUUCUUCUACACGGGAGCCUUGUGGAACUUGUCCAACAUGGAGGCGGACGUCCUUCAGUUGGCCGAUCGUUUCCAAGUCGAACCUUUGAAGAAGCACUGCGAGAGACAGCUAUUCCAGGACUCAAGUCUGACGCCUGUCGAGGCAGGAGUCUACGUUCCGGACCGAAUUCCGAGCCCUGACUCUUACCGCUGGCAUGACAAUAAAGUUAUAAGGACAACCGUCGGUGAAGAUUACCUACUCGUAGAAGUUCCAUGGGUGUUGGCCCAAUGCAAUGUUGACCGGUCCUUCUUCUAUGAUGGACCCACCCACCUUGCGUUGCCGGACGGCAUGAACCUUUACUCUUAUGUCAGAGUAGAAUGUGAUAAAUAUCUAUCAGUUGACUUCAGUGGGAGUCCGAGUCCGGACAUGCUCAUAGAAGUUAGCAGGGAAGUGACAAAUUGCGGGAGCGUCCUGGAACCUCCGCCUGGCCAAGGCGCUCGGAACGAAAGGUUUACGUUCGUAUCCCCGAACACCUAUCGCCACGACGCAGUCUUCCAUCGCAAACACACCAGGUCGCUUGCCGCCCGCGCGCGCCCUGCCGCGCCGAUGGAGGUCCGCGACUUGGUGUCCCUCGGGAUGGAGCGGCUGGUGAAGCGUGGCGCCUUGUGCGACGUAGUGCUCAGCGCGGCCGGCCGGAACUUCCCAGCGCACAGGGUGGUGCUAGCUGCCGGUAGCGACGUCUUUCUCGCCAUGUUCUCGGGGGACUUCCUGGAGAACAUCGAGUCCCGAGUGGCCAUCGCGGACGUAGCAAGCCCCGCCGCCUUCGAGAAGUUCCUCGAAUUCCUCUACACCGGCAACGUCAGAGACAUGGCGGGUGUUCAACUAGACCUUCUGCAGCUGGCCGACCGCUACCUCAUGCCUGACCUGCAGGACCUCUGCGCGUCCAGCGUCAUCAAGUCGCUGAAGCCCUAUAAUGCGGUGGCUCUGUUCCGGAUGUCUGUCGAGUCGACCUUCAUCCCUGAGACCGUGAGGCGGGUGGCGGUGGAGAAAUUGUUCAAACACUGGAAAGCUCUGACCGCCAAAGAGGAGUGGGCGGACUUGCAGCGUACGCACCGUGACGUUGCCAACACGCUCCAGACGGCCUGGGCGGCACAGCAGAAGUCGCCGUGGUGUACAGCAUCGCCCACCAACAAUCCACCAUCGCCCACGUCUCCUCCAGCAUCGCCCACGAAUGUUCCAGCAUCGCCCACGAAUGUUCCAGCAUCGCCUACGUAUUCUCCGGCAUCACCUACGUAUUCUCCGGCGUCGCCUCCGCAUUCAACAUCGCCUUUCUAUGUUCCAACAUCGCUCACGCCUCCGUGUGCUGCAACAUCGCCCAUGCAUGCUCCAACAUCACCUCCAUAUGCCCCAACAUCACCACACUCGUGAGUGAUUGGUAGGGUUUCCGGAACUUUUGACAGCCCAAGUUUCUCUGUAUUGUGUUGCAGCGCACAUGUGUGUUCAUUUACUUGGGACGAAUAUCGUCUACAUUUUAUAAAUUUACUAUUUUGUAAGGAACUUCAUUUUAACUUUACCAUUUUUUGCAACCAAUUUCUUUAAAAAAAUUGAAAAAUAUACUUGGAUUUGUAUUUUUUUUUAGAGUGAGACCAAAGUUGUGUUUGUGUGCACUCAUAGUCCUUAACCAGCGAAAGCGCAGGAAGAAAACGAAGGCAUUGUC